AUGCAGUCCAUGUUCGAGGAGGCCAAGGAGUUCAAUCAGCCCAUUGGCUCCUGGAACACCUCGGCAGUGACAGACAUGCGGAGGAUGUUCUACAGGGCCGAGAAGUUCAAUCAGCCCAUUGGCUCCUGGAACACCUCGGCAGUGAGAGACAUGCGCUGGAUGUUCAGCGGGGCUAUCUCCUUUGACACUUCGAUUGGCUUGUGGGACAUUUCUUCCUUGAUAAGUCAUGAUGGAAUGUCUGGCACCGUGAAGCUGAAGCCUCCAUGCCAACCCGGGAGAGGUCCCGGCCGCAACAAUCUGAUGUGUGAACGAUGCGACGUCGGAAAAUUCGCGCCAGCUCAAAGCUUCUGUCAAGAGUGCCCCGAAGGUUCAACUCCUUCCGAGGAGCGGAGCACGUGCGAAGAGUGCUUGGGGUCGCACUACUCUAUGAGCGGCGUCGAUGGCUGCUUCCCCUGCAACUUGCCAUUGGUGUUGGUGGACAACAAGUGCGGCAACAUGGCCAAGUGGUACCGGGGUGGGGCUUCUCGUGGUAGCCCCUCGGUGAUUGCAGAGGGUGACACCAUCGAGGCCCAGGUCUACGAUGACGAGGGCAACGAGCAGGGCAGCAUCCUCCUUGGUGUGAGGCGCCUUCUGGCUGAACACCAUGGAGGGCAUCUCAUCGAGGCGUUCUUCUUGGGGGCGUCCGAUGUCUACUACCAUUGGUGGAUGAACGACGGGGAUGGGUCACCCUCUAAAGAAAGAGGAGUCUAUCACCUGUGCACGGUGGCCGCCAAGGAGUGUCCCACAGUGAAGGGGCACAAAGAGGCCGUGCACAGCGAUCGGUAUAGGUGCCAUGGGCGUGGGGUCUUGGGAUCCAAACAGGUGCCCUGGCUGAAAGACAAGGUCUUCUUCGAAGGGUACAUGAUGGCUCUGGGUGCCUUCAACCAUGCAUUGACUGCUGGAGGCGCGAAAUCUCGUGGGGCACUACGUGACGUUGAUGCCGACGUUGAUUGGGUCGACGAUGUUGACCCCUCUGAGGAGGGAGAAACCAGUCACCAGAACUCCAGUGGUUCUGAGAGUUCGGAAGAGGAUGCGACGAUGAAGGACCGCAUCAAGGAGUUGAGGAAGCAAUUGAAACAGGCUGAAGACGAUGCAGCCGACCGCAAGACCAAAAAGGCAAAACACAGGCGAGACAAGAAGACCGGUGAGGCUCGGGAAGGCAAGCCUAAGGAAAGCCGUAAGAAAGUUGUGCAAGAUCGUGACCGGGGAAGGAAGUCUAAACCUCCUGAACCCGUGGAAGAUGAUGAGCCUGGCCGCAAGAAGCAGGACAAAAAGAAGAAAAAGAGGAAACGAAGGCAGUCUUCUAGUGAUGGGGCUGCUCGAGGGGUGCGUGCUGGUGUCAAGAAAAAGAAACGUGAGUUGGGUCACCCGGAAGAGUCCGGAGCAGAUUCAAGUGAAUCGCAAAAGGAGGUGUUCAAGGUCAAGAAGCCGACCGAGCACAAGGAGAAGGACGAUGACCACGACAGAGGCCCAUUUGGAGGAGGGCCACCUGUGAAAUUUCCUGGUGAUGAAGAUGACUCCUCAGCAAGAGGCCUCUCCACCUCCACGAAAAGCAGCCAGCAAAAGCUGCUGGCCUACACGAACAAGUACCCCGGGCGACUGGCGAGCAGAAUGCUUCUGAAGAUGGAGCACGCGACCGCCAGCCCGCACAGUCGAAAAGGAAGCAGGACUCCUGCAGUGGCCUUGAACCACAUACUGACCAUCCUCCUGCCCAACCUCGGCGUGAAAGCAGGAGUGCGAUCGACUCGAGAACUCAAGACCCUUGGCACCAUUCUGGACCUCCUCGCCGUGGGGUCUCCCUCGAAGGCGGCCGACGUCAUAGCUCAGAGAAUCAAAGCUGUCGAGAGGGCAAGCCACGAGAGUCAUUGGGGCUCAGCCCAGUUUCUCGAGCUGCUGGCUCCAGAGAAGAGCAUGCUUCUGGACAAGGACGAGGAAAUCUACGUGUCCAAGGAGUACCUGCUGGAGCAGCGCCUGCGCCAAUACGACCGAGGAAGCUAUCGUCCCGAAGGCGGCGGAAAAGGCAAGACGAAGGGCGCGAAGGGCAAGACGAAAGACAAAGAGAAGGGCGAUCGAGGAGCAUUGGACAAGAACGACAAAGGGGGCAAGAAGCCCGAGUGGGGGCAGCCGUUGGUGGAUUUUUUGGAAGAGGCACGAACCCCUGCAGAGUUGAUGCGCUGGCUCAGGGAAUUGGUGUCCGAGCAGGAUUCUCCUUUCAGCCGUUAUUUGGCUUUGCAACAUGAGCUUGAAGAGGAACUUCCCACAGAGGAAACUCCCUUGGCCACGGAGCCGCCGAACCUGUUCCCGGUGCGGAGCAGCCUGGUAAAGAACUACUUGAAGGGCAAAGGUGAAGAAGUUGCAGCUUGGGUGUUGACACUGGUGGAGGUGCUGAACUAUCAAGCUAUGUCUGGGAAACCGCAACUGGGGCCUCCAAGAUUGUCCCCAGCGCAAGAGUUGAUGGUUACCCGCCUUCUUGAGGGGGUGAAGAGGUUUGAAGGCAAGAAAGGCAAGUUGAAGUCUUUUGCACAAUGUCGUGAAGAUAUUGGAAAAGUGAAGUUUGACUACAGCGGCGAGCCUGUCCAGUAUAUGGAAGAGCUAGUGGCAGAGAAGGUCAUUGCCUGCUGGCCAAAACCUGGUGAGGCUGCCGUGCAGGAUGCUUGCAGUUUUGUUCCGCCACAUGUGCGGCAUUGGCUGGAGAGGCCGAGUGAAUGCCUGUUGCCGCGAUCUGAGUGGCCUGAGUGCCCUCCCAUCAGCAGAGUGCGGGCCACAGAUGAAGAAUGGGAAGCCAUUGUCCGGGCUGGUGCUGAAAGAGGGAUGAUGGCGCGUGUACCGCAGGAUCAACUUCUGCGUGAUCACCAUGGUGUGCCGAUCUUGAACGGCGCCGGUGCAGUGCGAAAGGUCAAGACCAUUGGAGAUGACUGCCAUCUGCCCUACCUUGGGCAGAUGGGCAUGCUUGAAGUUGAUGAAGACGAAGAGCUUUUGGUCGACAGCGAAGACCUUACAUCGUGCUUCAACCUGUUCCGCCUGCCACCUGAGUGGUUAGGCUACUGCGCCUUUUCAAAGACGGUGAGUGCCACAGUGUUUGGGGGCCCGGCCUCAGAGAGGGCCUACGUCGGAAUGAGGGUGGUCCCCAUGGGCUGGAUCAACUCGGUGGCGCUCAUGCAGACGGUGGUCAGAACGCUGGUUUUCGGGAUAAGCGGCAUACCUGAGAGCUCCGAGGUGUCGAAACUGAAGUGGUUUCCUGAGGAUGACUCGGUGUCUGUGGUAUACCUCGACAGCUAUGAUGAGCUCAGAAAGGUGAGCGCGGGGUGUCGCGAAGUCAUGGCGGGCGGUCCCUCGCAUCGCCACCAGCGGUUUGUGAACACUUGCCAAGACCUUCACCUGCCCCUCAAUGAAGGCAAACGCCUUGUGGGUGCAGUGCAUGGUACGUUGCAAGGAGGUGACAUCGACGGAAUCAACGGGACGUUUGAGGCCUCGCAUGACAAGAAAGUGGACAUCAUGGGCUUGGGCGCCGCGCUUCUGGGGACAGGAGCUGCAACUGAGUUUGAGUUGCGUCACUUUGUCGGAAAAGCCAUCUUUGCAAUGGCGUUCAGGCGCCCAACAAUGUCUGUCUUCGAGAGGGUCUUCGUGGACAUGAGCAAGGCCCAGCAUGGUAAAGUGAUCUUGUCGAGGCACACCAUGGAUGAGGUGUACAUGGUCAUGGCCCUCAUCCCGCUGCUCGUGAUGAAUUUGAGGGCCCAGUUGGAUGGUGAAGUCGCCAUCACAGAUGCUUCACCCACCGGGGGCGGUGGCGCGGUUGCCCGGCGAUUCAAGCGGAUUCCCGACACCAUUGUGCAUGAAGAUGGACGUUGUCUUUGGUGUCAGCGGGACCUGGAGCACGACCGCAUGUACCCGUGGCGCGACUUUAUGUUUUCUGGUCCGAAUGCUCCACUAUCCCACGCAGUAGCACGUGUGGGUGGCAUCGAGGUGCAACCUCCAUAUGACCUCCUGAGAGGUGACAACUUUGAGACUCCCGCCGGCAAGGAGAAGCUCGCCAACCUGGAAGGGGAUCCGGCCCUAGCGGCUGAGCAUUGGGCACCAGAAUGCCGGUUGUUUUCCCAAGCAAGAGGGAAGCCUGUGACGCUGGCUGAUGGGACUUGGUUACCCGGCCCUCAGCCGGUGAGAGACGCGAAUCAUGUCAUGGGGUUUCCAUGGGUCUCUCAGCAGAUGAAGAUCCAGCUGAGGAAGUCGAACAGCAUGGCGCUGAGAGGGCUCAAGAGGGCAGCAGGAACUUUUGGGAGGCGUCGCUACGUCACCGUGGAACACCCAUACAACAGCUGGCUGUGGUACUUCUCCAUUUUGGAUGAACUGUUGAAGGGCGAAUUUGAGUACGCCGUGGGGAGCAACUGCUGUUGGAACGGUGAUCGCGAGAAGUGGUAUGCCCUCCUCAACAAUGCUCCGCACAUCCAGCGAGAACUCCACGUCCCCGAUUGUCCGGGCCAUGAAGGGCUGCGACCCUAUGAGGUUACCCGCAGUGCGGAUGGGACUUUGCACUUCUCCACCGAGGAGGAAUCCGAGUACAAGCCUCGAUGGUGCGCAGCCUACGCACGAGGAUUGAAGAUCCAGAUCCAGAGCUGGAUCGAGCGUAGUCAGAUGGACGGCCGCUGCAAGUCCAUCCAAAAAGAAUUAGAGAAAUCAACUCACCGUCUGGCAGAGCCGGACGUGGCAAACAUGGUUGCGCAGGUCCCCUAUCCGGCCUACCGCUGGUAUUGGGAGGAGGUGCUGUCCUAUGCGUGGAGGGACGAGCGCCAUAUCAACGAAGGCGAAGUUGCAGCCUUCAUCGUGAUGCUCAAGCGCAGGGCCAAAAACCCAGCAAAACAUGAGAUGCGGUAUGUCUCCAUAGUCGACAGCCAGGUGACCAGAGGUGGAACUUUGCUGACGGCGCAUCGCGCCGGAAGUCUCGUUGACAUGCCGAGUCACCUGCGUUUCGCAGGGCUGCAGCAGAGGACUCUGAGAGCCUAUCGCUUGAGCAUCGAUCGCUUUUUGGUGUUUGCAAAAAUUCACCGCCUCCCUCUACGCACAGCCUCACAGCUCGACUAUGCCGUGGCAGAAUUCACCAAUGCCCUUUUUCAAGAAGGGGAUAGCUUGGCCCAAGCAGGUCAUUUCCUGUCAGGUGUCAAACGUUUUUACCCAAGUUUGCGCCUGAGGCUGCCCACUGCUAGCCAGUACUUUCGCAACUGGAAAAGGAUUCACCGGCCUGACAGAGCCGUGCCCAUAAGUUGGGAACUUUUGCAGGCAAUGGCUGCCUUAUGUAUGGAGUCAGGGUUUCCCCAUGUGGCUCUCAUGCUCUACGUGGGGUUCUUUUGUUUCUUGUGGACUUCUGAAAUGUUGUCCUUACAACUUCUGCAUUUGAUUCCUGACCACAGGUCUCACCGUAUCACUGUGAUUAUUCCCUUUGCCAAGACGUCAGUGGGAAACCCUCAAGUGGUGGUUUUCCGUGACAGCCGAAUUCAUGCGCUGGCAUUGGCCGUGCUUGCAGCACGUGAUCCGAGAGCCUUUCUCUGGUCCUCGUCCCUGGGGCGUUUCCGUGUUCUUUGGCAUCGCCUUCUUGAGGCUUUGGACUUCGCCCCAGAUGAUUACUCCCCGUACAGCAUCAGACGUGGCACUUUUUGCGUACGGCAUCUAUGGAUGCGACUUUACAAUUGGGACGGUGGACAUGCAAUCGCACUGCAAGGAUGUAUAUCGACCAGGGCACAUUGGCAAUGGCCAAGUUCUUUUGGACAAAUCGUCAAUCGCGGCGUGUCCGUCAAUGGGCUCUAA